AGGAGAAUAGGGAGGAGGACUAUCCAAGCUGAGGCCGAGAAAAAGAAAGAGAAGGCGGCCUGUGCCUGCAGCAGCCUUGGAUCGCGUUAGCUUCCUCGCUCUGCUGCAGCGGCUCUGGGCCGCGGGCUCGAGCCUAGGCGCGCACACACGCCCUCUCUCCGCGGGGCCCCGCGUCGUGCACGCGCGCUCUCUCCUGCACCGCGGCCUCGGGCAGGGCAGGCUUUGACGUGGCACUCACAGCUCCGGCAAGCGAGCCGGCGGGCGGGCUAGUGGGCGGGGGUGUGCGCGGAGGAGCGCGCGGCGGCUGCAGCGGGCCAGGAGCACAGCGGAGCCGAGCGGCCGCAUCCAGCCAGCCUUAGAAGAAAUCUAUAAUCUGGAAUGAGAUAACUUUCAUCAUGAGCCAACAAGGUUAUGUUGCUACCCCUCCAUACUCUCAACCACAGCCUGGAAUAGGGGCACUUUCCCCACCUCUUCGUGGACACUAUGGUGACCCAUCACACUCAGCUCCUCCAUCAGGUAUAAUGAAGCCAGCUGGGCCUUUGGGACCAACUGCACCUAUUGGGGUAUUACCUCCUGGACCCCCCAAUCCUGGGGCCCAUCAAUUUGGCCAGAAUGGUCCUAAUAUCUCAGGGUAUACCCAACAGAGGUUUCCAGGCCUUCCACCUGUCAACAAUGCUGUCCCUCCCUACCCACCAGCAUCCUACCCAAGUCCUGUGUCCACAUCUGCCACUACCCAAUUGGGUCAUCAACUUGGUGCCAUGCAAAUUCACAAUUACGGUCCUGGCAUGGCUUCGGGCUCCCCGGGCAUCCCAGCCCCACCUUCAGCAGCAUCUUUCCAAGGUCCUCCACAACUGUCCCAGCCGUCCAUUCUACAGCCAGGCCCCCGGAUACCCCCACCUCCACCAAGCACACACAAUGGUCUCAGCACUGCUCCCUCAUUGCCACCAGCAAGCAGGCAGGAUGGACUCCCUGGAUCCGGCCCUCCCACUGCCAAUUUUCCAUCUCUGCCUCUUCCAGGACAACCUCCAGGCCCUGGAUAUCCUCCUCAGCAAGGGACUAAUUAUGGCCCUCCCCAGAUGCCUGGAGCUCAGCUGACUUCCCCGGUGGGAUUUCCUGGUGGCCCUGCACAGUUGGCUGGGCCAACACAGCCUCCAAAGAAGCUUGAUCCAGACUCUAUCCCAAGCCCAAUUCAAGUGAUUGAGAAUGACAGAUCCACCAGAAGUGCUCAAGUCUAUGCUACCAACAUAAGAGGCCAGGUUCCUCCUCUAGUAACCACAGACUGUAUGAUCCAAGAUCAAGGGAAUGCCAGUCCUCGUUAUAUCCGGUGUACAACAUACUGUUUCCCAUCUACUUCAGAUAUGGCCAAGCAAUCUCAACUACCAUUAGCUGCCAUCAUCAAACCAUUUGCCAUUGUUCCUCCAAAUGAGAUGCCUCUAUAUCUCGUAAAUCAUGGUGAAUCUGGACCAGUCAGAUGCAACAGGUGCAAGGCCUAUAUGUGCCCAUUUAUGCAGUUUAUCGAAGGAGGAAGGAAGUACCAAUGCGGAUUUUGCAACUGUGUGAAUGAUGUUCCACCAUUCUAUUUCCAACAUCUGGACCACGUUGGCAGAAGGCUAGACCACUAUGAGAGGCCAGAACUCUCUCUGGGAUCUUAUGAAUUCGUUGCUACUUUGGAUUACUGCAGAAACAACAAGCCUCCCAGUCCACCAGCCUACAUCUUUAUGAUUGAUGUUUCCUAUAGUAAUGUGAAGAAUGGCCUAGUCAGGCUCAUCUGCGAAGAAUUGAAGACUAUCCUGGAAAACCUUCCAAAGGAAGAGCAAGAAGAGACCUCUGCCAUUCGGGUAGGAUUUGUCACCUAUAACAAAGUCCUCCACUUUUUUAAUGUCAAGAGCAACUUGGCCCAGCCCCAGAUGAUGGUGGUGACGGAUGUGGCAGAGGUCUUUGUUCCUCUCUUGGAUGGCUUCCUGGUCAACUAUCAAGAAUCUAAAGCCGUCAUUCACAACUUGUUGGACCAGAUUCCAGAGAUUUUUGCUGAUUCUAAUGAGAAUGAGACCGUCUUUGCUCCUGUCGUCCAAGCCGGCAUGGAAGCCCUAAAGGCAGCAGACUGUCCAGGAAAGCUAUACAUCUUCCAUUCAUCAUUGCCGACUGCUGAGGCCCCGGGCAAACUGAAAAGCCGAGAUGACAGAAAACUGAUCAACACAGACAAAGAAAAGACACUUUUCCAGCCACAGACCAACAUCUACGAAACCCUGGCUAAGGAAUGUGUGGCAAGUGGCUGCUGUGUGAACCUUUUCCUCUUCCCCAAUCAGUAUGUGGACGUGGCCUCGAUGGGCCUGGUGACCCUGCAGACUGGAGGCACGCUGUAUAAAUACAACAAUUUCCAGAAGCAUUUGGACAGCCAGACAUUUUUGAAUGACCUCAGGAAUGAUGUCCAGAAAAUGACAGGCUUUGAUGCUAUCAUGAGGGUACGCACCAGCACAGGUUUUAGAGCCACUGAUUUCUUUGGUGCUAUUUACAUGAACAAUACUACCGAUGUGGAGAUGGCAGCUGUGGACUGUGACAAAGCCGUGACGGUGGAGUUUAAGCAUGAUGACAAACUGAACGAAGAUAACGGCGCACUCAUUCAGUGUGCUGUACUCUACACAACCAUCAGUGGUCAGAGAAGAUUGAGAAUCCACAACAUCAGCCUGAACUGCAGCUCCCAGUUGGCAGACCUCUACAAGAGCUGUGAGACAGAUGCCCUCAUCAACUUCUUUGCCAAAUCAGCAUUCACAGCGGUUCUCACGCAGCCUUUGAAGACAGUCCGGGACAUCCUGGUGCAUCAGACCGCUCACAUGUUGGCAUGUUACCGAAAGAACUGUGCCAGCCCCUCCGCUGUCAGCCAGCUCAUCCUGCCUGAUGCCAUGAAGGUAUUCCCCGUGUACAUGAACAGUCUGCUAAAAAAUUGUGUGCUACUGAGCAGACCAGAGAUCUCAAUGGAUGAACGAGCAUAUCAGAGGCAGCUGGUCAUGUCAAUGGACGUUGCAGACACUCAGCUCUUUUUCUACCCACAGCUUAUACCAAUACACACAAUGGAUGUCAAUAGUAAAACUCUCCCAGUUGCUAUUCGGUGCUCUGAAGAACGUCUCUCUGAAGGAGGCGUAUUCUUAUUGGCUAAUGGACUCAGGAUGUUCCUCUGGCUGGGAGUAAGCAGUCCACCAGAUCUGAUUCAAGGAAUAUUUAAUGUGCCCUCCUUUACACAUAUUAACACAGAAGUAACAUCACUGCCUGAGGUGGGGAAUCCAUACUCUCAGAAACUUAGAUUGACCAUGAGUAAUAUCCAGCAGAAAAAGCCAUAUUCAAUGAAGCUUACAAUUGUGAAGCAGCGAGAGCAGCCAGAGAUGGUUUUUCGACAGUUCCUAGUGGAAGACAAAGGUCUUUAUGGAGGAGCGUCUUAUGUGGAUUUCCUCUGCUGUGUCCACAAAGAGAUCUGCCAGCUGCUGAGCUAAAGGAAGCUGGCCUCUCCAUCCUUUGGUAUUACCCCAUUUCUAAGGGGAUGAUACUUUCUUGGUCACUUUCCUGAAGGAUGUUUUGCAUCACGCUUUCCCCAAGGCUUUCUUUCUGUACAGUUUCUGAUUUCUGAAUCUACAUUGCUCAUCUUCUCUAUCUAGUGGCCUACAGUGCCAUAUUCAGAUAUCCAGUUGAAAACAGACAAGACGGUCAGCCCUGAAAUACAGAGAAAGAGCCUACUUCUGAUGACAAAUUUUAACUCUUAGCUAAGACUAUGCAUUUCAUAUGAGGCAGAGUUUACAAGACUCAUUCUCAAUUCUUUUCUUUUCUAUUCCUAUAAAUUAUAAAGAUGUAUAGAUGUAUGGAGGGAGAGGAAAACCUAGUGCCUUUCCCACUGAUGAUAUAGGAAGAACCACCCUCAUUUUUAUAUGGUACUUAAUUUUGUAAAAGACUUAUUUUUCCAUUUCGAACUCAUUUUUCCAUUCAAUGGUGAACAAUUUUACACAAAAGCCUACUUAAACAAGGUUUAGACUCUGGUAGAGAUCUCUGCGCAUUCAGCAAUUUUUCAGAAUUGCAUAUUGUAAGUUGAACCUUUUUCCCUCCAUUCCUUAUUUUGUCCCCAAACUGUCAAUAAUCUUAAUGAUUCUUUGUACAAUUCUGAAAGUUUCUACCUGUAUAUAAAGGGAUCUUAAUUAAUAAGAGAUAGAUCACUUCAUAUGAAUCUCAUCAUUAAAUAUAGGCAGCAUUAAGCUCAAAGGUUAAAAAAAAAAUUUAAAAAAAGUCAAACUCUGGGCUUUAGAAACUAAAAAGAGCAGCAGUCUGACAUAGUGAAUAGAGUUGGUCUUUGACUUAGAAAAAUCUGGGUCCAAGUCCUGCUGCUGAAACAUAUUGACUGUGUGAUUCUUGGUGUGUCAAUUAAUCUUUCAGUAUACCCAAGCAAUUCUCAAAACUUUUAAAUAGUUAAGGUACAUACCAGCAUGGGUAGCUCCUAAGCAUUC